AUGGGGUGUGUCUGUUGCAAGCAGAAAAAGUCCGCCAAAGAAGCAGCAUCAACAGCAGCAGACAUUGCGGAUCUGUCUCCUAGCAACACAGAUGGAGGGUCGUCCAUGGCCUUUUCUCAAGGCCGGUACUGCCCCGACCCCACUCAGACCAUCCCUGACUUCAACAAGGCUUUUUCCUCCAGCGCCAUCUUCCCUGGUACCAACCCACUCCAGCGGCCCGGAGGUAUAACAGGUAGGACUGAGUGUGUGUGUGUGUGUGUGUGUGUGUGUGUUUAAAACUCAGCUCAGUACUUCCUUCUUUGUCACACUUGUUUCUAACCUGAGAGAAGUUUAAAGUCAUAAGUUACGUGCCACUGUAACAGUUUUUCUGUCUGUAAAUGCAUCUUUUUUAGCUUGUCUAUUCAAACAGUCAAGAACAAAACCUUUAAGUGAAAAGAAAUCUUCAAAAGUACAGUGUUGUCCACAUUAGUGACAUGUCUGUACUCGUCAAAUAUAUAGAAAAUAAUCCAUAAGUUGACAUACCGGACCUCCCAAUACUUCAACCUACUUGACAGACCAGAGUGAAUGCAGCAGCUUUAAUUUUUGGGGUGAUUUUAUGUCCAGGCUCCCAGUUUUUAAAACAAAUCUCUUAAAAUGAAGUGAAUUUCAUUGAUCAGGUUUAACAGAAAUCUUCCAGUGUUCCGAACAUUAAAACUUAGGAGUCUUACUUUCUUCAUUUGCCGAGAGUCAAUAAGGAUUUUCACCCUCUAUUUCAGAUUUCGUGGAGCUGUACUAAGACAGGAAAGAAAAGGGUGCUCAUUUAAAUAGCUUGUGAUUAACUUGUCUUUAGCUUGUAUUUAUGGGUAUUUGAGGAUUUUGUUAAGACAGAUAUCAAAAAAAUCGUCCUGUUCUUCAGAUCAAAUGUCACUCAGUGGUAUAAACUUGUGUGUACAACAGGAAACAUAUACGUUUGUAUUUAUGUCUCUGUGUGAACACACUUUCAGGUGGCGGAGUCACUCUCUUUAUCGCUCUGUAUGACUAUGAUGCUCGCACUGAAGAUGACCUUACAUUUCAGAAAGGAGAGAAAUUCCAGAUCAUCAACAACACGUAUGUACAAAUGGCCAGAAAUGCAGCUUUUCAUCAAACAACUCAGGUAUUUUUAAGGAGUUGCUGCUUGAAAUAAUGUUUUUUUUUCAAGAUGUUAAAAUGCAUGAAACUUUAUCUUCGUGCACCAGAGUCAAGAUGUGUUCAAUGAGAUGAAUCAUGACUCUUAAAUGGUUACUUACUUUUUUGCGUCCAUUAAAUGCCAUAAGCUACGAGUCAAUGCCAUCAAUUAACGCCGGAAACUUCUGGUUGGGCUUUUGAAAAACACGUUCUUUAACAUUAUCAUGCCCUGCACUAGAAAUCCUCGACAUGUCUGAUGUUAAAUUUCUACAAGCGCACUGAUUUUUUUUUGUGUUUUUGCAGAGAGGGUGACUGGUGGGAGGCUCGCUCUCUGGACACAGGCAACUCAGGUUACAUCCCUUCCAAUUAUGUCGCUCCUGUGGACUCCAUACAGGCUGAAGAGUGAGAAUACACUCACACACACUCUCACAUACACACACACACACAGCAGGAAUAUCUGUGUGCUCUGCACUGGUGGUUUACCCUGAAAUACUUGAUAAAUGGUUGACAUGAUGAUUAAGGUCAUAUCAUGUGAGGUGUUGCAGGGCUAACCUAUGUGUUGUUGUCAUGGUAACAGAUGGUAUUUUGGUAAGAUGGGGAGGAAGGAUGCGGAGAGACAGCUGCUGGGACAAGGAAACCAGAGGGGUACUUUCCUCAUACGAGAGAGCGAGACCACCAAGGGUUAGUGGACCACCGAUUCAACCACAAGCUCUUACUGAUAAAAUCAAACAGCUUUGAUCACUUUGUACAGCUGACCCCCUCUGACUGUGUCUCCAGGUGCUUACUCUCUGUCUAUCCGCGACUGGGACGACAACAAGGGGGACCACGUGAAGCAUUAUAAGAUUCGUAAAUUAGACAACGGUGGUUAUUACAUCACCACUAGGUCUCAGUUUGACACAGUGCAGCAGCUGGUAGAGCACUAUACAGGUAACACACACAAUCACACACACACACAUAAAACACACACAAUCAAACUCAUCCCCUGUUUUCUUUGUUGUUAUUUUCCAGCUCUAAAGCCUUUGCUUCCUGAGGUUUAGGUUAAAAUGUGCUUUAAGACCUUUGGAAAACAUUUUCUUCACAUUUGCAAUAACAAGCACAAUCCUGUGUUUCUUUUUAUCAGUUCAAACUUUAUUAACACUGUUGACUAAUUUGUAAUGGGUAUUUUCUUUGAUUGGAAACUUAUACCUAAUUAUCCUUACUAUUUCUUUCUCCUCUUACAGCCUAAGUAUAAUUCCUGCAGUUUGUAAAUUCAUAUUUUACAUGAAAAUAUGUGAGCUAUAAUUGUAUAAAGACCUGAAGUGUCGCUUUUCUGCAAUAUAAAUUGUAACAUUUUCAGCUCAGUUCAGUUCAGACAACUUUACUGCUGGCAAUUUGGUUUUGGCAGUCAUCGUGGACUAUACACAUAAACCACGACACUGACAGAGAUGCUCCAGCACUCUGCACCUGUGUAGCUGCUGCAAGAACAAGAUGAGGCAAGAAUCAAACAAAUUAGAUAAUAUUAAACAACACGGAGAUAAGUCUUCAAUAAAUGAAAAAACAAAGAAGCUACUGGUAUAAUAUCACGUUAGCCACUGCAGGGUUAAUGCAAGAACAACCAUUAUUGCUAUUCUUUCAUUAUUUUCAACUUGUUUCUCAACAUUUCCUUGACUUUAAUUUAAGUUGUGAAUUCUUCCUCCGCUUCUUCUUUAAAGUGAGAACUUCGAAACUUUAUUCAUGGUUGUUUUAACAAGUCAGAUUCACACCCUUCAUUUCCCCUGCCCUCUAACAGUGUUAAUCUGCCCCCUAGUGGCUUAUACUUAAAUAAUAACCCUUCUGCAGGUGGUGACUUCACAUCACACGAUCAUGACCAGCAAACUUGGACCUGUUUUAGUUUGUUUUUCUUGUAAUUCAUUUUAUCUGCCGCUCAGACUGUGUGUUCAUGUCUGUUUCUCUUUGUGCUUCUCUGUAAGUUUUUUGAUUAACUUGUCAGCUGCACAGGAGCAUAAGCAAUCUGUCUUGUUUUUCUUUAUUUCUCUGUAUGCUACUUCUCCUCUCCGCCUUCUAUCUCUCUCUUGUUUCCUCAUUUCACCGCCUGUCUGUUUGUCUGUCCUCUCUCGCUCAGAGAGAGCGGCGGGACUGUGCUGCCGUUUGAUUGGCAGUUGUAAGCGGGGCAUGCCUAAGCUGGCCGACUUAUCAGUGAAGACCAAGGAUAUGUGGGAGAUUCCCCGUGAAUCCCUGCAGCUGAUUAAGAAACUUGGCAACGGCCAGUUUGGAGAAGUCUGGAUGGGUAGGAAGGGUUGUGUUGAGUUUUGCAGAGGGAGGAAGGUGACAUCUGGAGCACACCUGGAUAAAGGAAUUUUAGAAAAUGAGCAGGUACAUACAAAUCAUGCUUGUUUUCAGUUCACCAGAACAUCAGAACAAACACAUACAGUAAAGCCGUGUUUAUCUGCCUGAGUCUGUCUACCUACAAGAAAUACACCUCAAGGAUUUGACCACACAAACACAGAAAACACACACACACUAGACAGGGUUGAUAGAUGGACUAGUUUUCAAAUACAGCGUGUGGAAUAGAAACUGCAGCAGUGAAACAAAUCCUUAAUAAAUCCCUGUAUGUGAUAACAAUUACACGGAGAUAGCAGCUUAUGAAUAAAAAUGUGUCUUUCUUGAACAUUCAGGUGUGCAGAGAUGAGCCCCUCCUCCCCUCUCAGUGCAUGUGCAUGUUUCAUCAUCUCAUCUCAUCUCUUUAUCCCCCACCCCCCCCAUCUUUUUCCUAUCUGUCCACCCACUACUACACUCUGUUCCUCCUCCCAUCAUCACCCACUUCACUCAUUCCUUUCCUUCCUGACUCCACCCUCUUCAUACUCACCCCCCCCUAAUAGGCAGCAAUGACGGGCUGUGUUACUAUCUGACCAAGCCCUGUCCUAACUGCACCCCUCUCACCCUGGGUCUCGGGCGGGAUGCUUGGGAGGUGCCCAGGGACACGCUGUCCAUGCAAGCCAAGCUUGGACAAGGCUGCUUUGGGGACGUUUGGAUGGGUGAGAGUGACAACCUCUGACGCCCUCUAGAGGUGUAGAGGAAGAACUGUCUGUCAAUUACUGUCCUGCUUUGUUUGUUAUAAGGUGGUUGACAUUUUGACCCAAAGACGGGAGAGAUGAAUAAGUAGCAGCAGCUGCUAGUGGGCUAGCUAUAACCGCCCUCUUCGAGAUGAUUAGACACUUCUAAAAACUGAUAUUCAAAGACUUAGCAUGAAUUCCUGCCUGGGCCUGUUUGGUUUACUAAUUAUUUGAACAUUUUUACUGACUGAUUUCCUGACAGCUCUUCUUCAGUUUGGCUGGGCAUUUUUGGAAGUGCUGGGAUUUGAAGUCCGAUUGUUUCGCCCAGUAUGCUUUUCCAGUUACAUAUAUGACCUAAUCAUGGUCAAAGCUCAAGCUAAAAUGCGUUCCUUUUUGUCUCUAAACACAGUGAAACUUCAGUAAAAACUCACAUAAAUGGAAUGUAGACACUGUAAAAUAAAACAUGAUUUAAUUUUAGAGCAGCAGAGAGACAUAACACAGUUAUUUGUACCCCAAAAAGAGACGUUUUAUGUGAGAGUUCCUCAGUAUUGAUUCUAAGACCUUUUCCAGUUUCAGAGAUUUCGACUAAACACAGGCCCUCUGUAUAUGAACAGAUGUUGUAAGUUUUGUGUGACCAUGUAGCUCAGGUGCUGCUGGGGUUACUGUGAGAAGAGUAAACCUCUCCCUCCCUCUCCUCCCUAACGUCACCUAUCCCAUUAGUCGUGCAUGAUCUUAAGAAUAACUAUCACCUGCAUGCAUCUGAAGUUUGAUCCCGCGUUUGUUUCCACCCACAUAUUGUGUGUGUGUGUGUGUGUGUGUGUGUGUGAGUGUGUGUGUUAUACAGCCAUCACCUUGUCAGUUUGCCUUAAAGUGGUUUGUCUGCCUGCACAGUGCGUCUUUGUGUACCACGGUGUUAAGCGUGCACUCACAUCCUCUUGUCUGUAUGCCAGGCAUGUGGAACGGUACCACCAAGGUAGCAGUGAAGACUCUGAAGCCAGGAACCAUGUCCCCCGAGGCCUUCCUGGAGGAGGCUCAGAUCAUGAAGAGACUCCGCCACGACAAGCUAGUGCAGCUCUAUGCCGUCGUUUCUGAGGAGCCGAUCUACAUUAUCACUGAGUUCAUGAGCCAAGGUAUCAGGAUAAGUUCACUGUCAUACCUGUGACUCACUAUAGAUACGGUAUGAAGCAUUUAGACACAGCUGAUUAAACUUACAAAGUGUGCGGACCACCACUGGGAUUACAUGUCUCAUUUUGUUAUACAUGCAAAGAAUGAAAACGGUGAAAUCACCAGAAAACUGAGUAAAUAUGUAAAUGUUCUGCCUUUUUUCUUUGCACUCUGACUGGAUUCACAUGCAAAAUAUGAUAAUUAUGCAAAACUUGGUAGACUGCUAUUAAAUUUCCGAGCAUUUAUUUGAAUAUUAAACCUAAAACAAAACCUUGGCUCUCGGUCAAUCAGAAAUAUUUCACCUCUUCUUUGGAUCUGGACCUAAAACAGUUGUGUAAUAUCAGACUUUUGAGAUAUCUCAUCCAGCACUGGACCCACAAACAAACAACAACAACAAAAACAAAACACCUAAAAAACAACUUUAACAGUGGAAAGAUUUGCCAAAAUAGACAUUUUGGCAGCAGGCUGUUAGAGUGAUCAGGGAGAAAUGUCUUAUUUGGAAGACCAAAGUUCAAGCCCAUGCCUCCCUGCUGGGCUAAACUCUGAGUUUCUUCCAACCCAAGAUACUCUUUUUGUUCCUCUGUGUAUGACCUUUGACCUUUGUGUGGGGAUGGCUGGAGGGCAGGUGAAACACUCCUUCAGCGGCUACUAAAAAUACGAGGAAGUUGACAGAAUUUGGCAUUUAAAUCAGCUAAAUGUAUCACUCUGUAUAACUUUGCAAGCAAGCUCAUCUCACAUGAACAUGAUUUUAUAGACACUUGUGCACAGCAGAUAUGAGGAUGGAUUAUGAUGUUCUCAUUUUGGUUUCAGGGAGUUUGUUGGACUUCUUAAAAGACGGUGAGGGCCAGAGUCUAAAGCUGCCUCAGCUGGUGGACAUGGCUGCACAGGUGAGAUAAACUGGAGCAGUAAAAUAGAGACUCACAAAACUGAACUUGAACUUUCUAUCUCAGCUCUUUGUUUCUCUUUUUGCUCACAGAUCGCUGCAGGAAUGGCGUACAUCGAGAGGAUGAACUACAUCCAUCGGGACCUGCGAGCAGCUAACAUCCUUGUUGGAGACAAUCUAGUGUGCAAGAUCGCUGACUUUGGCCUGGCUCGGCUCAUUGAGGACAAUGAGUACACUGCCAGACAAGGUAACAGUGUGUUAUAUUAAGUAAAUGUCCGUGUGUGUGUGUGUGUGUAUGCGUGCGUGCAAGUGUAUAUCAAAGAGAGCGGAGGAGAGCCACGCUUGCACAAUGUGAUGAUUAAGAGUGUCUGCCUCUGCCUCCAUGCCUAUAUUUUUAUACAUAACCUAUCCUAAUUAUAUGAUUAUGUGUCUUCACUGUGUUGCUAUGGUUUCAGGGGCGAAGUUCCCCAUCAAGUGGACUGCGCCAGAAGCAGCGCUGUAUGGGCGCUUUACCAUCAAGUCAGAUGUCUGGAGCUUUGGCAUCCUGCUAACUGAGCUCAUCACGAAGGGACGGGUGCCAUAUCCAGGUACUGCGAGACACCUGCUGUUCAGCGUUUCAUAAUCCAGCUCAGUGAAGCGCUGAUCGUUCUCUGCAGUGAUCACUCUCAAUGUUUGGUUCUGUAUAAGAUCACCAAUUCAAAACCUGAGAAAGCUGUUUGUAACAACUUGGACAUGCUUUUGCAGGUCACGGUAAAGUUGUGUUCGCAUGUCCUCAUAACAUAAAUCACUUCAAAGGGAGUUUUGAAGAAAGGUGGUGCCAGCUCAUCUAAAGCCAUCCUGCUUUGCAAAUUCUCACACAUCACGUUGUAGGCCUAAUGUGUAUUUUUUCUUCGCUGCAAAGUUUACAUCUUGCUUUGUUGCACUGUUAUGAAGGCCAUAGCCCACUGAGCAUUUUUUGGUCUAAAAGAGGUCUAAUAGACGUCUAAAUGCAGCCUAGAUGGGUGUCAGUCUUCCACAGGUCUAAAAAUGAACAUUUUUUAGACGUCUAAAUUUAGACCAAGUUUAGACCAAGUCUAAAUCUGGGCCAUAUCUAUACUACACUGUAUAUUGCUCAACAGCUAUCAUAAUUAUUUUGUUUAAGUACUUGGAGAUCAGUUGUGCAACUCACAGUUGCUUUUUGAAAUAAAUAGUUAUCGAAUACUGGGUUAAAGCGCAACGUCUAAAUUUCGUCUAAAAAUAUACAGAAUCUAGACGGUUAAAAUUAGGUCUAAAAAAAAAAAACUAGACGUCUAAUAACCAUCUAUUGCCCAGUGAGAUGUGAUCCACUGGCAUACCUGAAUUAAUUCAGAUCCAGAGGUACUGUUGUUACGAUGUCCCACUAGAAACAGCAAGCAGGGUUCUUGGUCUUCACCUGUACCAUUACAGUAACUCAGAGUCACUCCUUCGCUCCAGCUCACACCUGAAUUUCUGCAUAUCAUUGGCCCUGCCAGAAUAACUCAUUAUUUAGUUUGGUUGUAGUUUUGUAUCUUUGAAGCCUGCAAACCCCAACAGCUGAUCAGGCGCAAGAGCGAGUCGCAAAUUGUGCAAAAACGACUGGGCUGUCUGGAGUUCGUUUAAAAGUCGCAGACUCAGUCUCGUCUAGUGAAAACUGUAGCCUAGCCCGCAUGCUGGUUCCCCCAGCAUUAAUUGUAACUAACUAUCCCUUUAACUUAACAAAGAAUGCACUAAACAACUGCAUAAAGAACUUAAAGAUACACUUUGUACUUACAUUCAGGACAAUCCGAGUUUGGAGCUGGUGCAUUUGAAUGUGUUACUGAGUGUUUUAAACCAUCUACAUUAUACCCGUUUACAGAAUCUACUGAUACAAUUUCAGCCUUGCACAAUGUGGGACACAACAAACUGAAUAUAUCUGAUUUAGAGGUGUUUUUGUAGCCAGCUCUGGGACAUGAUUUCUUAUUCAGACUGAAUAUAUCCCAGAGGGUUUGAAACCCACUGAGAAGAGUUUUUGACCAGUAAUGAAAGUGUCUCGAGCAAACAGUGAUGCCUCUGUGUGCCCUACAAAAGCUAAAUACACCACCAGCUAGAAAAUAGACUGUGAGACUGACCUUUACCCUGGCAAAAAUCUGAAGUUAGUGUUAUGUGAGACGUUUCAGAGACAGCAGGAGAAAGUUUGGCUUUCAACAAAAAAUAAUUAACUGUCCAUUGAGAGACUUUCUACCAUGUUUGCCAUUAAUGCUCCGUCUUUGAUUUGUAACACUGCUCAGCCUCUGGUUCUCAUAGCUGUCCAGAUUUUUCUCUUGUCUUAUUUCCCUCCUCUGAUCCAGUAUGUUGGUUUUUGAUUUUCUAAAUGUGUUUUUUAACCCUAUCUGGUCUCCUGCUUCCAUCCCCCUCUCCCUCCCUCUUCCCUCCAGGCAUGAACAACCGUGAAGUUCUCGAGCAGGUGGAGAGGGGCUACAGGAUGCCCUGCGCCCCAGGGUGCCCCGCCUCGCUCCAUGAACUCAUGCUGCAGUGCUGGAGGCGUGAGGCUGACGAGAGACACACGUUUGAGUACCUGCAGUCCUUCCUGGAGGAUUACUUCACCGCCACAGAGCCACAAUAUCAGCCGGGAGACAACCUGUGA